GGGAAGAACCCGCUGGUGAAGCCGCCCUACUCCUACAUCGCCCUCAUCACCAUGGCCAUCCUGCAGAGCCCCAAGAAGCGGCUGACGCUGAGCGAGAUCUUCUCGUUCAUCACCGAGCGUUUCCCCUUCUACCGGGAGAACCCCAAGAAGUGGCAGAACAGCAUCCGCCAUAACCUCACCCUCAACGACUGCUUCGUCAAGAUCCCCCGGGAGCCCGGCAACCCGGGCAAGGGCAACUACUGGACGCUGGACCCCGAGUCCGCCGACAUGUUCGACAACGGGAGCUUCCUGCGCCGGAGGAAGCGCUUCAAGCGCACCGACAUCACCACCUACCCCGGCUACAUGCAAAACUCCAGCGCCUUCACGCCCCCGCCCGCCGGCCGCCCCGCGGCACCAACAGCACCCUACCCCAACACCCUCUGCUCGCCCAGCUACGGCCCCCAGCUCUCCGGCACCGUCUUCCACCCCUAUGCAGCUGGGACAGCACCGCCGGCACAGCAUCCCAGGAUGUUCAGCAUCGACAGCCUCAUCAGUGGGCAGCAGGCCCUGCAGCCCUCGCCACCCGCCGAGCUGGGCCACCCAUCGCUGGGCUUGCCCGGAGCCGAGCUGGCUCCCGCCUGCUCUGCCGGCAGCUCCGAGCCCCCCUGCUUCCAAGUGCAGCCCGUCAGCCCCGGCUUGUUGGGCCGGGCUGGCCCCAACACCCUGGCUUACCCCUAUGCCGCCUCGCCCCCCCAGCUGCCCGUGGCUCAGGGCAGCUACUCGCCUGGCAGCCCACAGCUCUAUGGGGCUCCCAACAGACUGGCCCUGCCAGCCAUGCGGCCUCCUGCCUGCGCAGAGCAUGGCGAGCAGCUCCUGGGGCUCUCCGCGUCGCCCCUCGGCCAGUUCGGCUCCAGCAACGCCUACAUGAGGCAGCCCAAUUUUCCUGCCGGCCUGGAGCGGUACAUGUGA